GUCAAUUUAGGAAGCAAAUUGAUGCAAAUUUUCUGCAGAAACACUCACAAUUUCUUUUUUCUCUCUUCAACCCUCGUUUCUAUUUUCUUCGGACAAAAGCAUAAUUUUCCAUUUCUCUCUCUUUUCAUUUCCCUCUCCUUUUCUUUUUUCCUCAUCUUUGGAGGGAAAAACCUCCAAACACUCAAAACCAUUCUCCCUCCGUCUCUCAAAUUCAAUCGCUGGAACUUGUAGUAGCUUCGUUUGGUGACUUUCUCUUGCUGAUUUGGUCUCAGCAAUGUAAAAAUAAGAUCUAAUAAAAAGAGAUGCAAUUAUUGGAUGAAGGAUCGAGGGCAAAGCCAUUGCAGUCUCUCAGUAUGUUUCUUGGAUACAAGUUGAUGGUUUUUAUCAAAUACUGCAAUCCAGUUAUAUAUUGUUUCCUAUUUAGAAGUUUCAACUUGUAUUCUUUUAUAAAUGUAAGACUGGUCAGUUGGAUAAUUUAAUGUUCUUCUGAUAGCUGUCAUCCAGUCAAAAAUAUAUUUAGAAGAGAUCCUUCAGGGAGGGGAAUUUUUAUUUUAAUUUUUUAUUAAUCUACUAAAGUGGACUAGCUAAUUAGUAUUUCAAGACUUGGACAUUCUUCUCCAAGUUGGAAAUGCAAACAAGGAAAAAAGUUACUGCAAGAAAUUCUGCUCGAGAGCUUGCCAGUCCAAGGGUUUCUAGGCAUCAGAAAAGGAUAACCGAAAAUGUGCAAGUUGCAGAAAAGAAAGCUAUAGAGCUGAUCACAUCUUCUGCUAGAAAGCAAAAAAUUGCUGGCACUCAUCCAAAGAAAAGUGUGGAGCAUGUUGCUGCAACAAAUUUGAAUACUAGAUUUGGAUUGGUGGAUGAUGAUGCUUCCGCUGCUUGUUUGGGUGCCGAGACUCAUGACACAAUUAGUGGCCAUAUAAUGAACCAUGAGGGGUGUGAUGAUGGAACUGCCCAUCACGUGUUAGAAACUAUAUUUUCUCCUUCCUUUCACAUUUCUAAAACAGUAGGAGGGGAAAUUGCAAACGGAGUUGAUUUCAUCAAAUUCUUCCAGAGCAGUGACCAGUAUUUUCAGUAUUGUGGAAAAGAGAACUUACAGGUUGAUAUGCUAAACUGUCAUGUUACACAAGAAGAUAAUUCCUCUUUGGACACGACUUCAAUGAAUAUGACACAUCCUGCAGAUUUUGGAGCCGGCUUGUCAUCUGAAGUUCCCACUAUAUACCUUUCCAUGAAGAACUCAAAACUGGAAUGCAUUGAUGAACAUGGUCAAGAUCACAUGUCAACACAAGUUUGUGCGGAGGAAGAUGAAUACGAACAAUUUGAUGACUUUGAUCCAUACUUAUUCAUAAAGAAUUUGCCGGCUUUGUCAUCGGUUGUCCCAACUUUUCGGCCCAUGCUGCUACCUAAACAGACGCGGAGUUGCCCUCCUACUACUCUUGUUUUGGACUUGGAUGAGACCUUAGUGCACUCUACAUUAGAACCCUGUGAUGAUUCAGAUUUCACCUUUCCUGUGAAUUAUAACAUGGAGGAGCAUACGGUCUACGUUCGAUGUCGUCCUUAUCUCAAAGAUUUCAUGGAGAGGGUUGCCGGCCUUUUUGAGAUUAUUGUAUUUACUGCCAGUCAAAGCAUUUAUGCCGAGCAACUUCUCAAUUUGCUAGAUCCAAAGAGGAGGAUAUUUCGGCAUCGUGUUUAUCGCGAGUCCUGUGUUUUUGUGGAGGGGAAUUACCUCAAGGAUCUGUCAGUUCUUGGCCGUGACUUAGCACGAGUCAUUAUAAUUGAUAAUUCUCCACAGGCGUUUGGGUUCCAAGUGGACAAUGGAAUACCAAUUGAGAGCUGGUUUGAGGACCGUUCUGAUCAAGAAUUGCUUUUAUUGCUUCCAUUUCUGGAGAGCUUAGUUGGAGUUGAAGAUGUUCGGCCACUGAUUGCAAAGAAGUUCAACCUUGGAGAAAAAAUUGCUGCAGCUGUUUGCCCUUUGAACUCUAAUACAGGAAAUCCUUUUCAAAGAUGACUUUGCGAUGCGAGUUCUACAGUUCCUGAGAAAUGCAAAUUGCCUUUGCUUGUGUUUUAGACUUUACUUUUUGGGAGGGAUGUCAUUAUCUUGGUUGAGAAAUUGUUCACAAGACUGAUUUGGGGUUAUAACAGUUUUAAGUUUUGGGGCAAAAGAUGAUUGCAGGUGUAUUCAAUAAUAAUUGUUUAAACCUUUUCUGAGAAAAUGGUUCACUAGAACACAUGAUAUGUAAAUCUCUGAACUAGGUUAUCUUGGGAAUCAAAAUUCUAUUGUUCCUGGCA